AUGGACCUCGGCCUCGCAGUGAGCUCGCCUCGUUCGCCACAGACGGAGCGCCGCAGGAGCCAAAGUCAGCACGACCUCGCAGCACUCGUUCUUCUCAUCGCCAAGCUGGCCCUCAGUACUGCUAUGUCGCCAAAGAUGACCAGGGCAAUCGGAUUGGACAAAUAUCAGGUGAGCGAGAGCUCCGAGUACUUCGCCCAGGGGAGAAAGUAUACCGAAAGCUAUGCGGAGGCGGCCAAGACUUUUGGGAAAGACCAGAAGCAACAGAAGAUCGCAGCCCACGCCCAUCCUCACGUUCACGUUUGGAACGCUUGGCUCAUGGCCGCCAAGAAAGAGCUCGCCGAGAAAGACCUCAAUCCACCACAAGCGUCGAACCUCGACGCCUACAUCGCCAAGAAGAAGAAUGGAUCGACGGACUCGAAGGAAUACCUUCACACGCUGAUGAAAGAAGUUCGCUACGCACGCUGCUGCAAGACAUACGACAACAAGAUCAAGCGCCUCGAGGCGAACGUGGUGACCAAUUGCGACAGCGACAUCUGCUUCCAGCAAGUCACCGUACCACUUCGGAUUCGUUCGAAAGCAGUGAAGCUCGAAGGAGUGGCGCCACUAGGAGAUCUCGAACGCAGGAUCCAGACGGCGAUCGACGAGCUCGACGAUCAGGCCUGA